AAGAGGAUGACUAGAGAGAAAAAUCAUAAAGAAAGAAAAGCAGAGGGUGAAGCUGAGAAGCCAGAAGCAGUUGAGAUACACCUGGUGGCAGGAUCAAGGCAGAAAACAAGAGAGAAACAAGAGAAAAAGCAGAUACAGCGUCACCAGAAAGUCAAACAAAGGACUAAAGAGAAAGCACCAAGAGCUAGGAGACAUUCCCGGAAAGAAGCUGACAAGCCGUGGGAGCUGCUUUCGAUCAUGCGAAGCCGGGGCUGGCUCCCUCAGGAGGGGAGUGUGCGGAGGCUCCUCUGUGCAGACCCUUGCUGCCAAACCUGCAACUCUGUGGCUCUGGAGAUUCAGCAGCUGAUAUCGGGUGAGAUGACUCUGACCACCCCGACUUCAUCGGGGCCAUCGCAGGGCUCCUCAUGCCUAGAGGUUUUGUCCAUGUCCAGUCUCUCUGUUGAUCAGAGUCAGGAUUCCCUGCUCUUCAAACAGCUUUCACUUCCAUCAGCAACCCGCACAGUGUCACGACUAACAACUCAGAAAUCCGUAACCCAGUCAGCUGCCAAGUCAGCCGCCAAGCCAGCCGCCAAGUCUGCCAGCGCAAUCAGCAUCCGCCAAUACUGGGCUGGUCACCAGCAGCUGAGGCAGGAGUGUCGAGGGCCAGAGUUGCCCUUGGAUGCAGGAGCUCUGUCUUCUUCGAGCCUUGAGGAGCCUAGGAUUCCUGUGAACCAGCAUGUCAAGAAGAAGAGCAACUCUGAAGGUAUUCUGAAGAAACAAGAAGCUGUAGAAGCUGACCUGAGAAAUAAGCUGAAGCAUUUUACAGACUGGAUUAACCCUAACACAAAAGAUCAAGGGCAUAAGGAAUGCAUUCUCCGCUGUAAGAAUGAGAAAGUGGCCAAAACCAAGACAAAAAAGGCUGAGAAGAGUCCACCUCCCACCAAACGCCCCAUGAAGGGAGCUAAGUUGGAGAAGGAGGAGGGCUUCUUUGACGCGCUCCAGUGCCUGGACAGUGAGUUCCAGCGACAGUCUGUGCAGUCCGUGCAGUCUGGCCAGUCCUGUUUCCUGCCCCUCUCCAGUGGCAGCUCCAAGCGCAGUCCUCUGCUGACUCGUGCCACUCAGCCAGAAAAUCCAUCCCAAGUCUCAGUGUGCACCUCAGCAGAAGGCACUCGUCUACCCCAGGAGAGUACCCAGUCCAGGAAGAAGGAGCUCAGAGGUUCCCAGACUUCUGCAUCCUCCUGAAAAGGCUGUCAUCAUCAUUUCCAUUAAUGUUCUGGUGAGGCAGGACCCUCUCCAAAUAAACUCUAUACCUCUAAGCAAAGAACCACCUGUUUGCGCCUCCUUGUUUUCAGUGUGGUAUGUGAUGGAAAGAGUAGAGGCAUUAGAUUGUACACCCCAUAUGGUAUAGGAGCUUAAACCCAUUUCACAGGUAGGUAAGCAUUCCACCUGACUCUUUCAUCUCCACCUUGGACUGUGGAUAGAGGGACCUGAGCACAGAAAGAAGACCCUUAUCUAAGGUACGCUGAAGGUAAAGAUCAUGCUUGACUUCUGUCCUGGCUUCCCUGCUGUCUUUGGGCCCCAGAGGAGCAAAUUGUGCAUGAUAGUACAAGAAAGUGAUAGCUAGGAAUCCAGUGCAUUUUUGGCACAGUUCAUCGAUAACUACUAUAUAUUCCCACAAUCUGGAGGGAAGACUUUUA